GGCAGUUCGGCGAGCAGCAUUUGCGCGUGGAACGUUAGUUUGUAAGUCUGUGUCUUCGGAAGGCUGAUUUAGUCGGACAAACCCGACGAGUGGAAAAGGAAGAGCAGAGGAGUUUCAAAGCACGCGAUAGGAAGCAAAUCAGUGACCGUAAUUUUCACCUGUCGAGUUUCACUUCUAACCUGAAUUCACCGCUGGACUUGCUUCUAGUAGUGGCCCGGCCGCUGCCCCCGAAGCACAUAUUUUUCCUGACCGGAAGCAAUUGUACAAGAGGAACGUCGGUCGAAGCAAUUAACUGAGAUUAGGAGAAGAAAACGAAAAAAAGCCAGACAUCAUGUGGCCAAAGGACGUCGGCAUCAAGGCGAUGGAAGUUUACUUUCCAGCUCAGUACGUUGAGCAAACCGAGUUGGAACAGUUCGAUGGAGUUACUGCUGGAAAGUAUACCAUCGGAUUAGGCCAAUCCAGGAUGGGUUUCUGCAAUGAUCGUGAGGAUAUUAAUUCAUUGUGUUUGACGGUGGUGCACCGAUUAAUGGAUAGGUAUGGCAUUAAACCCAAGGAUGUUGGCCGAUUAGAGGUUGGAACAGAAACAAUAUUAGACAAGAGCAAGUCGGUAAAGUCUGUCCUUAUGCAGUUGUUUCAACCGCAUGGCAACGCAGACAUAGAGGGAGUGGACUCCACCAAUGCCUGUUACGGAGGUACUGCUGCCCUUUUCAAUGCUGUGUCUUGGGUAGAGAGCAGUGCAUGGGAUGGCAGACUAGCUCUAGUUGUUGCAGCUGACAAUGCUGUGUACGCACCUGGAGCUGCUAGGCCAACUGGCGGUGCAGGAGCCAUUGCUAUGAUAGUUGGUCCAGAUGCACCUUUAGUAAUCGAUCGUGGGAUAAGAUCAUCCUAUAUGGAACACGCGUAUGAUUUUUAUAAACCUGAUUUGAACUCUGAAUAUCCUAUUGUGGAUGGACAAUUAUCAAUUCAAUGCUACCUCAAUGCUGUGGAUAAGUGUUAUCAGACUUAUCGUGAUAAGGUCAGGGACAAGUACAAAGAAAGUAUAAGUUUAGAUAGCUUUGAUGCAGUUCUGUUUCAUUCUCCAUAUGGUAAACUGGUACAAAAGUCAUUCGCAAGAUUAGCUUUAAACGAUUUCUUGAAUAUGCCUAAGGACAAAGUGGCUGAGCAAUAUCCAGAUUUAGUCAAAUAUCAUGGCAUAAAGCUCGAGGAUACUUACUUCAAUAGAGACAUUGAAAAGACAUUUACAACUUUAAGCAAAGCAGCUUUUAAUCAGAAAACACAACCAACGUUGCUUUUAUCAAAUCAAGUAGGAAAUAUGUACACUCCUUCUGUAUAUUGUGGAUUAGCUUCCUUACUUGUUAAUAGACCUAUAAGCGAGUUGGCAGGCUCUAAAGUUGGAUUAUUUUCUUAUGGUUCCGGUCUUUGUUCAACUAUGUAUUCGAUAACAAUAACAAAAGAUGCUGGACCUAAGUUAGCACAAUUUGUCUCAUCUCUCUCGUAUAUAAAGAAUCAGUUGGAAGCUCGCAAAAAGUUUUCUCCCACAGAUUACACAAAGGUAUUGGAAUGGAGAGAACAAAAUUGCCAUAGUGCACCAUUCAGCCCUAAAAGCAGCAUAUCUAGUAUGUUCCCGGGAACAUAUUACCUCGAUAAAGUCGACGAAAAAUAUAGAAGAACUUAUCAGAGGGUAUGAGACUUUUGAUAGUUCUGAAUGUAUAGCUAACUGAUAGAUAAUUUACUUAACAUGGUAACAAAGGAAUCAUUUGGGGCCUCCAACAUCGCUGGAACAACAAAUUCUAAAUGGUGCAUAACAAUGUUUCUCUAUGCAAUUUAAGAAUGUUUACUAUUAAAACAAUAUUUUCUUAUUGCCAAGAUAUACUAGAAGUAUGUAUUGACAUGUGCAGUAAGUUAAUAUGACCAUAUAUAUGUUUAACUUUUAAAUUAAUUUAUAGAUACAAAAGUUACUAAAUAAAUUAUUUUUAAUAUACAUGUAAAGAAGAUACAAUUAUACAAGAAACUAUAAAGAGUACAGAAUGUACGAAUGUUAUUCUUACAGCAAGAA